CCGCAGGUUGGUUAUAAAGGGCCGAGGGCCAUCCCGGCGCUACAAUCGGUUGUGGCCGUCGAAGGAGAGCGAGAAGUUGAUCUGCAGACGCGCCGCCCUCGGACACAGACUGCAGCCUGCGCGCCUCGCCGGCUGUCGAUCCUCCGCCGCUGCGCUCGCCUUGCCGUCGAGGGGACUCCCGUCCGGCCGCCCUCGCCCGCCGCCUCCCGAGUCUCCUUCCUGCGCUCCUUCCUGCUCCUUUCCCUUCUUCCCUUCUCUUCUCCCGACACCCGGCCAGGAUGUACAUCUCUCACGUCGUGGCUUGCGGACUCUUCCUCGCCCUGCUCGCCCUGGCGCUGGAGGCGAAGCCGGCUCCCCAGAACCUGCAGAAGGUAAGGCGGCGCGGGGAGAUUCGACGGAAAAGGUCCUGGUCUGCCUUUCCGUCGGGGGCGAUCCCUGGAAGCUUCGGGGAUAGGAGGGAGAGGAUAGAUGGACGGGGUGAUUGGCUGAAAGAGUGGCUGUCCUCUCCUGCCUUAAAGCCGGUUGACGAGCAGAGCUGCCGUCCGGAUAACUUUCUGGAGUCAGCGGGCGCGAUCUUGCCUGGGCCCCCGGCUGUGGGUCCGCGACUCCAGCUGCCGCCGGCUGCUCUCCAUCGCCCCGUGGUGCUGAGAUGGAGAGGGGAGGGCGUCCAGGCAAGCGGAGACGGGGCGGCUUCCGAGCUAGUCCGUGCCCGCGGAGAGGAGCCUCUCCUUGGGGUGAGGCGCUGGGGAAAUAGAGCGGAAGAUUCCAUCCCCCUAGAAGGAGAAGCAGACGGGGCGGGAAGCUGGGGGACCCACCGGGCGCCCGCCUGCGCCUUCCGAGGGGCAGCUCUGAAGGGGGACCAGAAGGUGGGUGUUCCUCUGGUGAUCUAUGGGGUGAUAGUGGAAAUGGGUCCGUCGGCGGGCAGCUUGGCGGCGCUGGGGCGCGAACUGGCGGAGCUGCUGGAGGCGUCGUCGGGGCCCGCGGCGGGCGGUGCGCGGAGCGGCGGCGGCGGAGGAGGAGGAAAGCAGGGCUCCUCGUCGCAGCAGAAGGGCAAAGGCUCGUCGUCGUCGUCGAGGCUCAUGCGGGACCUGCGCACCGACACCAAGCAGUCGCGGGCCACCUGGGCGCGGGGGUCGCACCCGGAGCACCACGCCGGCGGAGGAGGCGGAGGCGGAGGCGGAGGGUCGCGGCGCUUCAAAAACCCCUCCAAGAAGGGCUCCUCCAAGAGCUGCUUCGGCCUCAAACUGGACCGCAUCGGCACCAUUAGCGGCCUGGGCUGCUGAGCCGUCGAGGGCGGCCGGCGGGCGACACCUGGCGGCGGUCUUUGAACUGACGAGGGUUAUUCUGCAUUCCAUCACCCCCAUCCCAAGGACAUUUCUUGGCCAUCUUCUCACCGUCAUGCAGGGUCAAUGUUGAUGGCAUCCC